AUGCCCUUCUGGCCUGCCCACCCAACCUCCCACCACUCCAACAACCCCAUAACCCUAAAAACUAAAACUAAAACCCUCCCAUUCCCCGCCCUCACAACUCCCCUCCUAACCCCUUUUCACGCAAACCCCUUCCUCUUCAAUGGGCACUUGCAAACCUUCUGGACGGCCGCGAAAUGGGAUGACCCGCACGCAAUCUACUAUGCCCGGCAGCUCUUGCGGAAUCCUGCUGACGGCGGGCACUUUGCUGUGGACUUUGUCGUGCCCGAGGCAUCCCCCUCCACUCCCGCCCCGGCGGCGACAGGAGGGAACCUACCAUCGCGAACGAGGGAUAUGACGGAGGAAGAAGUAGCAAAGCUUGGCUCUGAUGACGACACACCAAUGGUCAUAGCUCUACACGGGUUAUCAGGUGGAAGCCAUGAGCUGUACCUUCGAUCCGUGCUAGCGCCGUUGACGAGGAAGGUUGAAGAGGGCGGUAGUGGGUUUGCUGCUUGCGUGGUUAAUGCCAGGGGAUGUGCACUUUCGAAGGUCACAACGGGGCAGUUGUUUAAUGCCAGGUUUACCGAGGACCUCAGGCAGACAGUGAGAUAUUUACAGGAUGUGUACCCGAGACGGCCGUUGUAUGCCGUAGGGUUUUCAUUUGGGGCUAAUAUUUUGGCCAAUUAUAUCGGCGAAGAAGGCGGCAAGUGUGCUUUCAAAGCUGUAGCGUUAUGCUCUUGCCCUUGGAAUUUAGAGGUUGCAAGUAAGGCUCUACAGAGGACUUACUUAGGGUCUGAAGUCUACUCUAAAGUUAUGGGGGGAAACUUGAGAAACCUCUUUGAAAUCCACAUCGACAACUUUUCCGGAGACCCCCGAAUAGACGUUGAUCUUGUCCGUCGCGGGAGAUACCUCUACGAGUUUGACCGUGACUUCACUGCACGAAUAUUUGGAUACCCUACUGUCGGCGCAUACUACAGGGAUGCGUCUUCGGUGGAUAAUCUUUUGAAAGCUCGCGUGCCGACGUUUAUAUUACAUGCUAAGGAUGACCCUAUUUCGGUGGACGAAGGAGUCCCGUAUGACGAGGUCAAGGCCAAUCCGUACUGUUUCAUGGCUACCACUCCUACCGGGGGUCAUUUGUCAUGGUUUGAAUAUGGAGGUGGUAGAUGGUCGUAG